AUGGGGCGCAGACCAGCACGCUGUUACCGUUAUUGCAAGAACAAGCCAUUUCCAAAGUCUCGUUUCAACCGCGGCGUCCCAGAUUCCAAGAUUCGCAUAUUCGAUCUAGGAAGAAAGAAGGCGUCUGUGGAUGAUUUCCCUGCCUGUGUGCACUUGGUAUCAAAUGAAUAUGAGCAGCUCAGCUCCGAAGCAUUAGAGGCUGCACGUAUCUGUGCCAAUAAAUGCUUGGUCAAAAUGUCAGGCAAGGAAUCCUUCCAUAUGCGUGUCCGAGUUCAUCCACACCAUGUCAUUCGGAUCAACAAGAUGCUAAGUGUUGCCGGUGCGGAUCGUCUGCAGACUGGUAUGCGAGGAGCCUGGGGGAAACCUGCUGGAAAAGUGGCGCGAGUGAAUGUGGGCCAGAUUCUCAUCUCUGUCAGGACGACUGAUAGACAUUUACAUCUUGCGAUUGAGGCUUUGCGUCGUUCCAUGUAUAAGUUCCCAGGGCGCCAAAAGGUCAUCGUUAGCAAGAAAUGGGGUUUCACUUCUUUGCGCCGUGAUCAAUAUCUGCGACUCAAAUCCGAGGGUCUUUUGCGGAAUGAUGGGGCAUAUGUCCAAUUUUGUCGGAGGAAGGGAGAGAUAGAGACGAAUGUCAGGAGUUUCCCAGGCGCAUACACGUUGGCUUUGGAAGCUUGA